AUGGCCGACCAGCUUCUGGAGCAGGUGCGCGAUGCGGUCGAGGGCCAGAUUGACUUUGAGGGUCAGCGGCUUGCAGAGAUGCUGAGCACUGUCCUGCUUGGUGCGGCUGGUAUCAUCGCAUUCAUCGUUGGCUUCCUGCAGCAAGACAUUCGAAUGGCACUCUACAUUGGCCUCGCCGGCUCCGCGCUCACAUUCCUGGUUGUCGUACCCCCGUGGCCUUUCUACAACAAGAACCCCGAGGACUGGCUCCCGCCGCACAACGCGACAUCACAGUACAACAUCGACGUAGACGGGCAGAAAGUUGGAUAG